AUGUCGCGCAUCAUGGUACGGCGCGGCAAGCCCAGGUUGAGCGGCAGCGCCAGGGCGUUCAUUUCGCCGCGUGCAGCGCGUCGCCUGGCAGGCAUCCUUGAUGAAAUGUGGUGGGUGAACAAGUUCUUCGACGCGCUGCAAUUUCGUCGGGGUCGCGUCGUUUUCUGGCUGCGAUUCGCUGCUGUCGCGAGGGCGGUGAUGCGCAUGGCGCCGGGCGAGUUUGGCCGCGAUUUCUCCGCGGCCACAGGCGUCGCGCGCAGCCAGUCGGCCGAGCGCUUCGCAGCGUGCUCGCCGCGCGCCACGAUCCUGGACGCGAUGGCGCACCACUGCAGCAGCGAGAGGCCGCCCAUCGCCCCUUCUCAAUUCGAACGACGGCCGCAUGCCCGUGAAGUAUCUGAGGGGGCGCAGGGUCAUCCCGCCAGCGAGCGCGCGCCAGAUGGCUCCGGGCAUGGCCCAGGGCAGGGGAAACGCCUGGGGCCAUGGAUCUCCGACUUCGCAGCCGUGUCCGGUCGGCGCGAGAAGCGCUCGCCGCGCCUCGAGACGCUGGCGGCGCCGCCGCGAGACAAGGGCGCCUGCCGGCAGCAGCAGCGCAGACGGCAUUCGGAGGGCCAGAGCCCAGAGUUUGCCCCGCGGCGGUUUUUCAUCAAGGCGCGCGUUCCGCAGGAGCUGCGGAAGACCAUGGCGGGCGCCGAUUUCGCGACCGUCGACUCCAUCGCGGCGGCGUCCUCCGAUGCCCUGGCCGAUUUCACCGCCGUCCUGGGCGCCGCCGCGCUCGGGGCGGCAGGGCCAGAGAAGGCCGCGCCCCCGACCCUCCUCGCGGCCCUGCGGGGGAAGUGCAGCGCGCCAGCGUCCGCGCGGGACUCGCGGCGCUCGCGCCUGGAGGCAGGCGCGCUCUGCAUCCUGAAGACGGGCUUCGGUGGCUACGACCGGGCGCGGACGCGCCUCAAGAUGGCUCACCCAGACAUCGCCCUCGCUGACUUCGCGGAGCCGAACGUGCGCCUCUGCGCGUGCGCUGCACGUCUCUACGUCGCCCGCGAGUGCAUUCUGCCCCGCGGGCUGGCGGAGGUGCACUUGCGCUCGGACGCCAUCGUCUCCAAGUCCGACAUGGCGACCGCUCCCAAGGUGCCUCUGCGGAUCUCUCAGGUCGACGAGCCAGCCUGGGCCUGCCUGGAGGAGGGCGCGCCUGACAGGAUCUACGACGCUUUCUGGGUCGCCCUGGAAACCCUGGGCCAUUGCAGCGCGCCCUUGUUCGCGAAGCGGGGCCUCGGUGGCGGGUGCUCCGACUUCGCGGGCGGGCCCUUGGGCUUCUUCGUCGAGCUCGAGGAGCGGGGGCGCAUGAUGCGCGAGCGCCUGGCGGAGCAGCGCGAGCUGUGCCCCGCUGCCCCCCUGCCCUCGGAGGCGAUGGACAACCGCGCGCGCCUGCGGGGCAAGGCUCGCCGGGCGGCGACGGAGGCUGCCCUCCGCGACGCGGGCGCGAGCGCAAGGGGCAGCGCGGCGGAGAAGCGGGCGCGCGAGGAGGGCCGCGACGGGGGCCGGUCGGACCGCGCCGCCAGGGGCACGAGCAGAGGCGCGCGCCGGCGCUUGCAGCGAGCGGCGGCCCGAGCACAGGCCGCGGGGCCCGCCGAGCCGCAUGGGGCAGGCGAGUGCUCGCGCCGCGGAGGCGAGCGCUACGCGGCAGCGCCGGGCUCGCGCCCGCGCGCCCCGCGCGACCUGGCGCCGCACUUCCGACCGACGCGAUCUGCGUCGGAAGGGGCGCGCCUGGUGGAUUGGAACGAUCGGUGCUGCAUAUCCCGCGGCCAGUUCGCAGCUGCCCGUCGCGCCCAGGCGCGCCUGCGCGACUGUCCUGGCCUGGUGCGGAAGCUGCGGGGGCUGCGAGGCGCGCGGUCCUUAUGCCGCUUCUCUCUUGACGAGAUGCGUCAUGCUGACGCGUUUAUUCGGGGUCUCGACAGGGCUUUCGGCAUCGCAGACCAGGGCGAUUGCGAGCUCGGCGGGUUCGCCCACCUGGCCCUCCUCCGUGAGAUGCAGCGUGCCGCGGGCGGCGUCGUUGCGCAGUGCUGCGACGAGUUUUCGCAGGGUUUGUCCAGUGUGGGGCGGGCCCACCUUUCGCGCUGGCAGCCAGCUUGCGACCCCGCAACGCUGGUAACCAGGGCUUGGGAAGUCAGGGGGCCGAUCGAGACUGAGCUGGCCAAGUCCAGCGGCACGCGGCGCGCCGACGCGAAUUGGGUGACACCCUGGGCGACAGAGGUCGGGGCGCAUGCGCUGGGCCGAUCUACAGGCACAAGGACGUGGCUCGACACGCAGGAACACCCGACAGGAUUGCCAUGGAGAGGUUCGGCGUGGCCCAGAAAAAGCCAGACUCGCGGAGUGGACUACGCCGCGCCCGCAGCCGAGGCCGCCUGCGCCACGGAGAUCGCUCUGACCGCAGAUGCUCACACAUGGCUCGGCAUUGACUUUUCAACCAGUAGGUUGCAGGCAGGGCAGGACAUCGACGCGCUGGGCGCGUCCAACUUUUUCGCGAGGGGGCGCCCGCGCGCGGCCGAGGCACGCGCGGCGGAGCUGACCUCGGCCAUGGCGGACGCCCUGCGCGCCGACGCGCCCGAGCCGGGGCCGGCGGGGAAGCUCCGCGGCAAGCUCGGCGUCGCCGCGGACCACUACAGUUGGGCGUUUCGGCCAGUGCUCCCUGCGCGCCCUGUCCGAGCGGCAGAGAGCGAAGCCGCGGCCGGACUGGGCGCUCGGGCCGGCCCAGCAGCUUGCCUUCACGUCUGGCAGCGAUUGCUGGCUGGAGAUAACGGAGAAGAUGGAGCGCUGUGUUCACGCGGCGCAGACAAGACAGUCGACGUCGCCAUGCUCGCGGACGGCCGCUGCCCAGAGGCCGCCAAAAGAGCCGCGGCUCCUUUGGCCAGGCUGGGGUGGAUUGGGCAUGGGCGGGCGGCAUUCUUCAAGCCGUCCGGCGAGGUCUUCGUGGGCUCCCACGACGUCGCGGCGCGGGCGGGGGAGUGGCUGCCCCGCAAAAACCAGAUCACAUGGUGGAGCUACGUUCGCGCUGCCAGCGGCCGAGGGGGCAUCGAUCAAGGGUUUUUUUCCAAGUCCGAGGACGUGUGUGAGAUUGCCAGCCUGUUCUGGCACAUGGCAAUAGUCGACGCAGUGUCCCAGCACAGCGAGCUCCUGAAGCUGAACCUUUCCGUCACUGUCGCAGACCCCCUCCAGGAGGACUGCCCGUUGAUCGCGUGCAGCAACGGGUUCACGACACUCACUGGUUACACCGUUGAGGAGGUCAUGGGCCGCAAUUGCCGCUUCCUGCUCAGCGGUGUGCCGGAUCACGACAUCGACGAGGACACGCGACUUCGGUGCCGCCUUUAUGUUCGCACCACCAAGGGCUCUCCUGAGGAUCCGGUCCCCGACGAGACGAUAACUGAGUAUCUGAAGACACAACCUUGGAUGACUGCGCGCCCAGGCGAGAUCAUCUGUGUGCAGACCAACGCCAUGAAAUCUGGCGAGCUGUUCAGGAACAUGUUCUACAUGAAGCAGGUCGAGCUCAACGAUCGGCCCUUCAUCCUGGGCCUGCAGGCCAGGCUGCCAGAGGAGUGGCAGCAAAACGACGCGAACGAGGUGCAGUUGGCCUCCUUCUGCCACCAGGCGUUCGCGCGCCUCAGCGACAACAUGCGCGCCGUCGAGGACGUCCUCAGCCGCAACUUCUGGUACUCGGCCUCCGCCCGGCGGCAGACCGGCCCCAAGUCCGUGAAGCCCGCGUUCGCGCUGCAGGCCGGUGUCGGCCUGGCGGUGCUGCACUCGGACCCCCCGACUGGCUUUGCCGCCCAGGUGCGGCGUGGGGCCGCUGCCGCCAGGGCCCUCGCCGCCAAAGAAGGCGACCUCGGCUUCGGCGACGCCGGCGCCGAGUGGAGCCGCUUCGUGUCGGACACCUCCACGGCCAUGACGUCUGGCCUCGACGACAUCGACGUGGGCUUCGACGUGGCGAGCGUGCAGCCCUGGCCCGCGGGCCGCCUCGAGACGCUGGGGAAGAUCGAGGACGCGAGCCGCAAUCAGGGCAGCGUGUGCCUCGUGAGGACCGUCGACGAGGGGGUGCUGCUGGCCGUGAAGCGGAUGCCCAACGCCUGGAUCCGAGACUCGCCGCAGGCCUUCGAGGAGGCGCACCCGGGCGAGAUCGAGCAGCCGUGGAGCGACAUCGGCUGCAACUGUUUCCUCAACAGCGUGGGCUACCCAUACUGCAUGCAGUUGUUCUGCGUCUACCGUGACCAGGAGGCGACGAGCGUUGUCACAGAGUUCGCCAACGGGGGUGACCUCUUCGAGUGGGCCUCCGAGCUGAAGGAGCAGCCCGGUCUGGAGCGCGAGCUGCGCGUCAAGCCCCUGAUCAAGCAGAUCAUGCACGCUGUCCAGUGCCUCCACAAUCUGUCCGUCGUCCAUGGCGACCUCUCCAUGGAAAACGUGCUGCUCAGCACGCGCGAGGGCGCCGACUCCCCACGGGCCCGGCUCAUCGACUUCGGGGCCGCAACCGCCCAGCGUUUCGUUGCGCAGCGUGCCACGGGCAAGCCGAGCUACCAGGCGCCUGAGAUGUUCGACGACGUGGGUCCCAGGGACGGCUUCCUGUCCGACGCGUUCUCAGUGGGGGUGAUGCUGUACGCCAUGUGCCUGAUGGACUACCCCUGGGUCUCGACGUCUGGGGGUGACAAGUGCUUCGAGUACGUGAAGGCGAAGGGCGUCGCGGCGUUCUUCAAGAAGCGGAGGCCUCCGAGCUGCAGAAGGGCCAUUGCGAGAUCGCGUCGCCCGAGCUCUGCUCCCUGCUCGCGGGCCUGCUGGAGCUCGACCCGUCCAAGCGCCUGA